AAAAUAUAUGAAAGUCAACACAAAAGAUCGUGCAACAAAUCAAGUGACCCCUCUCUCUAUAGAACAAUCAGUGAGAGUGGAAGCGCUUGAAUCAAUGGCGUCUGUAACGGCGAGGCUUGCAUUCCGCUUAGUGGUGGUGAUUCUGAUGCUGCUGACGCUGUACUACGUUGGCCGCCCGCUCUACUGGAAAAUCUCUGCCACCAUUCAUGACAUCCGCAAGAACAAACAAACCGUCUCUGGAGGGAUUUCACAAAUUUUGCUAGAAGCUCAGAAUUCAGUGGGUUGGUUCCAUGACGAAUCUGAUCCAGGCUUGCAUUAUGAAAAGAAAUCUGCUACUGCAAGGAGGUUUCUUCUUGGUCAGGUUUUGUGAACGCGAAGGAUUGUUGUCUAUUUUUAUCAUUUUCAUCUUAUCCACAAAAGUAUUGUUCAACAUGGUAUAUGUCAUAAAGUUGGUAUAGAUCUGGUCGAAUGAAAACAUGAUGUAACAAUAAAAUUGAAUGGCUGACUGUUGAACUGCUCGAGUAUUUGGGCUGAUGCUAUUCAUACAGAUAUUUUGAUACUGAUAAAAUGAAGAGUCGAAGCUAAUGGUAAAACUAUGUCUGCGGCAUAUACUGUUUGUGCAAAA